AUGUCUCUCGAUCCCACACGGCCGAGGUCCAUCUCCCCUGAGAGCUCUGGCCGCGACUCUCCGGUACCCAAGCAAUGGAGGAACCAACUUGGAAAUGACGAUGUUGCGCCGAAAGACAAGAACUACCGCAAGUACGCUUCCGGCGUCGAACGAGCUCUCUCCCUAUUCGAUACCGCCCUCCAAGAAUGGGCUGACUAUAUCUCCUUCCUCAACCGCCUCCUCAAGGCCCUCCAGGCUCGACCGUCCACCAUCAACACCAUCCCCGCCAAGGCUACCGUCGCAAAGCGUCUAUCACAAUGCUUGAACCCGUCUCUUCCGUCCGGCGUUCACCAAAAGACCCUCGAGGUCUACAACUUUAUAUUUACAGUCAUUGGCAAGGAUGGUCUGUCGCGAGACCUGCCCCUCUAUCUCCCCGGCCUUGCCUCGGUUCUCUCGUUCGCCUCACUGUCCGUCCGGACCCCUUUCCUCGGCCUACUCGAACGCCAUUUCUUGGAUCUCAACCCGCGAUCUCUUCGACCCGCCCUAAAAUCGAUCAUACUUGCUCUUUUGCCGGGUCUUGAGGAGGAAACAAGCGAGGACUUCGAGCGCACGUUAAAGCUUAUGGAACGCGUCAAGGCCGCCCUCCGCCCUACAAGAAGCGAAAUAAUAACACUAACUCACUCCUCUGGCGACGACUUCUUCUGGCAGUGCUUCUUUCUGGCUUCCAUAACCGGGCAUAGUAGGAGAACUGGCGCCUUGGCAUAUCUCUUGCGCGCCUUGCCCGAGCUGGGACACUCGUUACAUUCAGAGGGCCAUAAGACCGAGACUCGCAAUGGCUUGGAUCCCGAGGUUUCCGCCAAGUUGGUACAGCUGGUCACUUCUCCCGAGCCAGGAUUGCUGAUCCGCUGUUUUGCCGCUGGUUUGGCCGAUGACCAGAUCCUUAUCCAGCGUGGUUUUCUUGAUUUGCUGGUCACCCACCUUCCCUUGCACUCCAAGGUGUUGCAAUCCAGGGCCAAGACUGAUGACCUAGAACUCCUCCUAAAGACCGCCGUUGGGGUAACUACCCGGAGAGAUAUGAGUCUAAACAGACGACUGUGGACGUGGCUCCUUGGUCCUGAGCCGACGGCUGCACAUGAUGGCGAAGGCGGCCCCGAUUCUCCUACCACUACUGCAAGCACCCCUGCCUACUUCAUGUCGAGGACAAGCUAUUUUGAAGAAUUUGGGUUGCGACCCCUGACUCGGGCCCUGCUCAGCAUGAUCAAGGCUAGUAGCGUUGGGAACAAUCCGGCAGACCGAGCGAAGCCAUAUCGUAUCUGUCUUUCCUUGAUGGACAGGUGGGAAAUCGGUGGCUUGGUUGUGCCUGAGGUAUUCCUUCCCAUUGUCGACAGCGUCAGAGAUUUCAAAGCCAAAGCAGAAAACAAAUCAGACUUCACCGAGGUGAUCAGGAGCGCAAGUGUCUUCUUUGACGGUGUCGAGAGCGGGCUGAUUUACAGCGAAAUGCUUAAUCUCGUGGCUCAGGCUAUCAGUCCGGGCAAACUCUCAGUGACUGAUCGUAACGAUAAACUUGACCUUGUCAAGUUCAUUCUCGGCCAUUUCAACGUCAGCGAAGAAGAGAUGAUAACCAUCCAUGCUCCACUUACAGUCCUCUCCAUCUUGUGCAUGAUCGAGGAGUUAAAGGAGAGUGACACUUAUGCGACCACUCUCCUACCCGACGGUACAACUUUGUUGGUCCAGGCUUUGACAAUCGCUGCGAGCUUGUUGGAGCUCGUACCAGAAAGAGCGUUUCCCACCAGUGCCAAAGCCAAAGGCAUCGAGUCCAAGGUUCUGGCCGGAAUCCCAAAUGUUGAACUGCUCAAGAAGAUCAAGAACUUCUACCACGCCGAACAAGGAAACUUGGAGGCCACCUCUCGCCCAUUUGUACCGCAGAAUGUGGCCGAACUCUUGUUGCAAAAAGCUUGCGAUUUGAACUGUGAGAGUUUCAGUGAACGCGAGUCCGGCCCGACCGUCGCUGCAAAGAGCAAAGUCCUCUUACUUCUUCUCACAAAGACACCUCACAGAUCGUUCCUCGAUACCAAGAAACUUCUUGCUUCCAUUCACGGGUGUCUGUCAUCAGAUGCUUUUAUUACCUUUACCACCUAUUAUUCGCUAUUGACCCUUUCUACCCACCUUUAUUCUGCCGACCGGAUUUCCCACGUGGACCUCUCCGAGUUGGUCAGUCCUUUGGUACGACACGCAUGGACCUUCCUGUCGUCGUCAGAGCCAAAAUAUCACGUCGAGACGGUCCGGAGUCUUUGGUUGCUUCAGACGGCUCUGACACCAACAAAUCACGACAUCGAAGCAGCCAUAUGUUCUCUAAUGCUGGAGAAAGAUGUGUCAGGCACAUUUGCUCAGCGUCCUGCUGACCCCGGACGAAGCUUCUGUGUGCUUUGGUCACAUAGUCUCCAAGACAACCCCUCUGGAAGCGAUCGCAGAGGACCCAAGACCCCUAUCAUUGACGCAAAGGCGCCGCCACGCCUUGGUGGUAUAGAUAACUACGAAGUCAUGCUUACCCGCCCGUUAUUCCUAAUAAUUUUCAAUAUUUUCGUGUCCAAGUUGGCCGAGCUAUCAUGUCUGCGACGCCGAACCACUUCAGCUGAAGCCAAAGAAGCCCGCAAGUUCUCCGAAGAGGACGAUGUGGAGCUGGCUGUAUAUUACCUUCGCUCCUUGUCCAACGUCUUUCGCUUCACCCCUGACAGCAUCUGGGCGUUCCUUGCGAAAAAGACUAUUCGCCCUGAUUCUUACUUCCCAUCAUUAUCUGCAAUUACCGGAUCCGAGGAUGAUCUGACGUUCCAGGAGUUGUUCCUCAAGGUUGCCAUGCAAUGCAUGGCAGACGUCAAUACUCUAGAAGAUGAAAGCUCCCAGAUAAGGGUGACCCAACUUUAUCGCUCAGCAUUGGGCGUAAUGCACCUUAUCCUGAUGAACCCCUAUGCUGAACCAUUAGCACACCUACACCUUGAGAACCCUCUCAUUGAUAUGCUCACCCAGUCACUUUCAGGCCCGGAGCCUUACGUCCAGACCUUGCUUCUGGACGUUCUCUUUGCGGCCUUGAAGCUUCGUGAGCUAGCACCAGUCGAGCUUCCGGAAUCACCAACCGCUGAGAAACGCGCUGCAAGUGUUACCGCAGACUCGGCUAAGUCCUUCCGAACUGUGUCCGGAGGGAAACCACCAUCCGCUCUUCAGCCGCCUCCACCCACACUACUAAAGUGCAUCCUUUCUGGACUCAGUGCGCCCAGCAGCCGACAGGUUUUGGAUUGUUGGAUCAGCUUUCUCGCCGAGUGCCUACCACUCUACUCAGAUUCGAUCUUCCAGGUUCUAAUCCCGCUGGUUGAGACACUCUGCAGUCAGAUUUCCUCUACCUUCAAUCGACUGCAGCAGCUCUUCCGGGCAUCAAACGACCCUCCGACGCACAAUCAGAUUGGUCCCGAGACUACCCUCAUAUCCCUACUGAAUGGCCUUGAGCAGGUACUGGCUAGAGGGCACGACAGGCUCCUGGCUGAAGAGGCCAGGGCCCAGGUUGUCAAGAACCCAGACCAGCCUCAAGGCUUUUUCGGUAACAUGGUUUCCGGUGUCUUCUCAUCCGAUGCACCUCAGACCCGAAGCGCCACGGCUAACGAUCGACUUACCGUCCUUCUGGCCUUCCAAGAUGCGGUGCGCAUUUGCUUCACCAUCUGGUCUUGGGGUCAAGGAAGCGAUGCCUCCCUGCAAGACAACUCUUCGGGCGCUUCGUUCAACUACACCUCUCUACGGAUGAGAAACCGGGCCCGAAGGCUCCUGGAGCAUCUCUUUGCGGCGGAGACACUAGAGUGCCUGGAAACAGUCAUCGGGAUAUGGAGAGGUGCGCUGGAUAGUUCUGAUACAUCCAAGGCUGCGGAGGUGUUCAACCUCUUGCCUGCUCUGGACGGAUCAAGGCCGCAACAUACAAUUCCGGCUCUGUUCAACGCCAUAUACAGUAGGACCAACCCGGGCGCGCUGGAUCCCUCAAGGAGGUCGACCCUUACUAUUGAACUCCAGGACACAGACGUGGUUAUCUUCUUGGUUGACUAUGCGCGCACUCUAGAGGAUGAUGCGAUGGAUGAGAUUUGGCAGGAUUGCAUGAUCUUCUUGAAGGAUCUCCUAGGCAACCCAUUGCCUCAUCGCCAGGCGUUGCCGAGUUUGUUGGAGUUUGCUGCCAUUUUGGGUGAGAAGGUGGAUAACACCAACUUUGGAGAACAGAGGAAGAUGCGUCGUGAACUGGCGGAUCUCUUCCUCCGUCUUCUAGCGGCCAUCUUCACCACACGGCCUACCAGCUUUGUGGAAAACUCUUCGACAAGUUACUCCUCAUCCACCCCUAACCUCCUUCUAUCAGAGAAGAGGCCAAAUGAAGCCCCUCGUACGCUUUCCGUAGCAGCAAUCCGGACUCCGUUCGAACGCGCAGACGACGUUGUCGGGAUCCUCUCCAACAUUGUUCCCAACCUACCCAAGAUCCUCGUUGAGAAUGACCGCAUCCUCACGGCCGCCACCUCCAUCUCGGCCAACGUGAUCGGCCCAACGCUACGGUCCAAGUUCUUCCCCGACACGGUAUCAAAGAGCACCCUGGUCUUGCUCCACCAACUAUCCCGCCUACCUAACAACCAAAAGUCGUGGAAGAAGGACGUUGCCGAUGCCUUCAAUGACUCCCGCUUCUUCAGCUCUAACCUGAGCCUCGUGCAAACCGACUGGCUGCCCCUCCUCAAGCAAUGGACCGUCGCAGACAAGGAACGCAUGCCCGAAAUCCUAGGUCGCAUCACCCCGCCCUCGACCGCAGGCAUCGUCUUCGGCGUCGGCGCCACCUCCGCUCGCCUCGAAGCCGAUCGCAAGACGCAACUCAACCUCCGCCGCAUCGCCACCCUCAUACUCGCCGCCACCGAUGACAACUUCGUCACCGAGCUGCCCUCCAUCCUCGACAAGCUCGUCGAGCUCCUCGGCGCCACCACCACCUCCUCCCCUUCCUCCACCACCCGCGCCGAAGUCUACAUGGUGAUGCGCGCCCUCGUCCUCCGCACCCAGCGCCAUCCACCUCGCCCCGCUCUGGCCCGUCGUCAACGCCGAGCUGCACGCCGCCAUCUCUUCAGUCGUCGCGCCCGACCACUCCGCGCCCAGCGACACCUGCACGAGUGGUUAUUCGUAACGGACACCAUCGACGCCGUCUACCGCCCCAGCGCAGCCAGCUACCAGCCCGUCGCACUGGUAGAUGAAGUCUCCGAGGAACUGAACGGUUCCCUAGUCACCACACCGCUUGCCCACGGGUACUCGCACUCCCACUCACACUCACACUCCCUAUCCCUAUCCGGCGCCGGAGCGUUAGGUCUAGACCCCUCAUCCCUCCUUUCUCCCAUUGACGGAGUCGACCAACAACAGCAACAACAACAGCCCCUUCGUCGCCCCUUGCUGGGAAAUUUCUCAGGCCAGAUAAGUGACGAGGUAGGCAUGGAGCGCAAGGAUGAGCUGGUUGCCAAGGUUCUGCGUCCGUUUUUCGGUCAGCUGAGUAUCUUUGCUUUUGAGACGACGUAUAAGAUGACGGAAGUCGAUUGGGAAGGGUGUGUGUUGGGCUUGUUGAGGGAUUUGUUUGAUGAGAGGAGCGUGGUGAAGGCUCUUUAG